GGGUGGCAGAGAGUGCAUGAGGGGGCUGGGGAAGCGCAGCUUUUGGGGUGACUGACGGCCCUUGUCGCCCCGCCCCAGGGACAGGCCUCGAGAGACCCGCCCUAGAAGGCAAAGCGAUGUGGUUCACCGAGCGCGUUACCGAGCCUCAGCCAAGUUGUAGGCGGAACUUUCCUGGCUCCUCUGCGCCCAGGCGCUUGGGCGUCCGUUCCAAAAGAUGGCUGGCUCGCGGGACAACUUAAAUGUCUUGAGGAGGAGGAGGGGAGGAGCCCUGACGCCUAUCACGUGCUUUUCCGGCCAGGAUGUGUCACGCGGGCCGCUAGGGAGCUGGUCUUGCCGAGUUCACCUGACCUGAGCUGGGUGGGUCGUCGCGUACUUCGACCAGGGCAGUCCAGCCCAGCGAAGCGCGCAGUUCCACCAGCACAAGCGAAAGCCGAGAGUCGGAGUGGGAAAGCCCAGGUUUUGCCUAGUCCAUGAACGCGCCACGCCUACGCCUUGCCUGGAGGCGUGUCUCAGAAGAGGAAGAUGAAGUGCGUCUUGAUUGCCAGUGAGGGUGCAGAAGUCCUCUUCUACUGGGCGGAUCCAGACUUCUUGACCAGACUGCAUCAACGCUUUGGGGCCCAUGGUGAAGGAAGUGGCGAGCCCCCGGCUUUGGAGGACAGCAUCAACACGCUGUUUGCCCCCAUGAUCAUCUCCUGUACAACGCUGCUAGAGAAGCUGGAAGACACGUACACUUGCUUCUCUGCUGAAAAGGGCAAACAUCUCUAUGUGUUGCAUAUGUUUGGCGAGUGCCUGUACAUUGCAGUGAAUGGCGACGGCUCCGAGAGCGAGGACGACCUGCGCCGUAAGCUUUACGUGCUGAGGAGACUGGCUGAGGCUCACUUUGGUCUCGUCACACUCGACAGCCACCUCAUCCGCAGGGAGUUGCGCCCAGUGGAUCUGGAGCAGCGUGCUCAUGUCUGGGGACUAUUUCAGAGCCUGCUGCAGACCUAUAGCCAGCUGUACCAGGAUGACCAAAGCUUUGCUGUCGAGGCUGUGGAGCGACUGAUCCAUCCGCAGCUGUGUGAGCAGUGUAUUGAAUUCUUGGAGCGCCAAGUGGUGCAGCACAUCAAUGGCAGCACAGAGCGCAUGGGGCAUGAAGUUAUGCAUGCCUUCUUGCUGGUGCACACCAAGCUACUUGCUUUUUACUCCAGCCGGAAUGCCAGCUCUUUGCGGCCUGCUGACUUGCUCACCCUCCUCCUGAUUGUGCAGGAUCUGUAUCCCAGCACCACCUCUGACGAGCAGCCUGUCUCCCAGUCUGAAGAAAAUGAUCAAAGUCUCCAGAGGCCUCUCAGCAGCAAGAGCAUCCCAGUUAAUAGCCCUUAUCCUCACGGAUCUUCUCAAGAGCAGGUAUCAGAUGAUCUCUCUGUGCCCGAGGAGUUCUACACCCCUAAGGCUUCCCCUAGCCAAGAGAGCACAGGAAGUUCGGCCUGGGCUGAGGGUAUGGAUUCACAGGGGGAGGUGAAUUCUGCUGACAUUCAGAUGGCUGAGGAUUCCCUGCAGGCUCUGGUGCCCCCAAUACCUGAAGCCACCAAUCCACGGAGAAUUUUUCUGGAUGCUAGCUUGAAGGAAGGCUACUGCCCUAUGAUGCCCCACACAAUGCACUGCCUACCCCUCUGGCCAGGCAUCUCGCUGGUGCUCCUCACUAAGGGCUCCAGUUCCCAAGUGGCAUUUUCCCUGUACCAGCUGCUAGAUGGAUUCCUGGUGCUGGAAAAGAAACUGAGAGAUGGACAGGAGACCGGGCAACCCCUGCGCUCUCAACCACUCCUGCUGGAACUCAGACAUCGAAUGGACAAAUUUGUCAAGAAGCUGAGUGGUCAAGAGCCACAGUUGCAGAAUGCCUGGCUGGAAUUCAAGAACAAAGUUUUUUCUCGAAGUGAGACGGGGAGUUCCUCGGAGCUUCUGCAGGCAUUUUUCAGCAUCCGACAGCAGCUCUGUGCUGUGUAUCGGCUUCUCUUUCUUGGAUCCUCAGGGACCCAAGGUUUGCCUCGGAACAUGCUGGAUCGGGCACAGAAGCUGUCACGGGACAAGCUCCAAGACUGGAGGGACUUCCUGCUGGUGAAGAGCAAGCGCAAUGUCACUAUGGUGUCAUAUCUAGAGGAUUUCCCAGGGCUUGUGCACUUCAUCUAUGUGGACCGCACAGCAGGACAGAUGGUGGCUCCAUCACUUGAUGUGACAGAAGACACUACGUCAGAGCUUGGCAAGGGGCCUUUGCCUGCCUUCAUUAAGGCAAAGGUGUGGUCACUGGUAGCUCUGGCCCGAAACUACUUGCAGAAAGGCUAUACCAUGCUGACACUGCGGGAUGGAGACUACUUUUGCACUUACUUUCUCUGGUUUGAGAAUGAACUGGGCUACAAGCUGGAAGUCCCAGAAGUCCCAGUACUUUCUGAUGAUUCUGCUCCCAUUGGGACGCUGGCAGGUGACUACUACAGGAAACUGCUCCGGUACUUUAGUAAGAAUCACACAGGUGAAGUGGUGAAGUGCUACGAGCUGCUGACCAUCCACCUGGGCAUCAUGCCCACUGAGUUUGUGAUCCAGCAGGCCUUUGACUUGGCACGGCAGCUCUGGGAGCCAACCCGCAUCCCCCUGCUUUAAGGGUCUUAGUUGCUGCCCCAAUGUGAUCUUGAGUUUUGUUUUGUAACCCUCUUGCUGGACUCGGCUGAUCCUCCUAUUUCUGCUUCCUUUGGAGAGGCCUGGCUUAGGUAUUGCCUUUGCCUGACUCAGGCUGCCAUUCCACAGAGAAUCUGAUAUCCCUCCCUACCAUAUGAAUUCAAAUGUUCUUGCCCCAGAUGGCAAUGGCUUGAUGUAGAGCAUUGAAACGAAUGGAACUGAUUGCUUCCAAGGUGGUGCUGAUGUGACAUUGGGACUCAGAGGCUUGGGGAACUUGUCCUCUCCUUAUUUACACAUCCAUAAUGCCUCCUCCACCUGAGAAGGUGAAAAAAGUUCCUAAAUCUUAAAGCAGCUAGGCAUCGCUGUGGCCAAGGCUGGUCUUGUGGCUAUCACUCAGGCAAAGGGUUAUGAGAAUGGCCUCUUAGAGCUGGUCUCUAGCAACUCUUGGCAGGAUCAAAUUUGCUCUGCAAUUGCCCUGAAAAGGUCACAUCUGCCCAUAGUAGAGGAGAGGGCCAGGGAAGCAUCUACAUGAAAUCUCCGUACCAUUAAAGUUUACAAGUUUCACCUGAAUGAUCCUGUGGACUUGAACACUUUCAACAGGGAAGAAGAUUGUGGUCUUGGGUAAAAGAUGACAAGCAGGAUAUUUAGAACAUUCCUUUUCAAAAUCUGUUUGGAGUUUUUACUGCAGGGCCUCAAAGUCAGGAUGGUUUUGCACAUAUACUUCUGAUGCGGAAGUUCAGGUUUUGGUAUAUGUAAUGCUCUCCACUACGAUGGUAUGUGCCCCUAGAAAGUAGCCUCGGAGUAUAUCUAUAGAUGCAAGUUCGAAGUUGAAUACUCAAAUACUGAACUUUAUGCAUGGUUAAUGCACAAUACGAAACCAAUCCCAGAACUUAAUUUGUGAGUUGACUUUAAAAAGUAAGUUACAAGACCUUGUAAACCAGUACUUAAAGCAAAAACUAAAGCUAAGCACUGCCUUUGUGGAAUAAGCUAAACAUUUUGUGAAUAGGCUUUAUGACUGUCUUUUAAAAGCAACGGUUACAGCAAGAUUGCCAGUUUGUAUCCAAGAUAAAACACUAACUCAAUGCCCAAAACAUAUUACUAACUACGCAGCAGUGCAAAAAAAAAAAAAAAAAGUCUUGCAAGGCUAACUGAGAGAGUUUUGAAUCUAUCUAAUACAAAUCUAUAUUAUAAAGCUUCACAAAAGCUUGUAGCCUUGCCUUACGUAUUUCCAUCUGGAUAAAGAUUCAGAUCCAUGAAUGGGUUUUAAAACAAAAGGAGGAUAUAUUUGAGAAAGUGCUAUUAUGGAUUAGGAAACAAAAUACUGUAGCAGAGAGAGAAACACUGAUAUUAAGUAUAUUUUUACAUUUUGGGUCAAGAUAAUACAGAAACACACUACAGAUUUCUCUCCAGUAUCAAAUACUUUGAAGGAAUAGAACCCAGGGACUAUUUCAGUGUUAGAAAGGUAUGGUUUUAAUCUGAUAAUAGAUAUCCUGUAUAAUGGAGCAAUCCUGCAGUAUCAUGAGGUUUGUGAUAAAAUGACAAAGUGGAGGGUAAGAUUUGUCCACUGUUGAAGACAUUUCAUCAUGGACAAAUUAAAGAGAACAUCAUGAACAGGGAUAUAUACCUAUUUGAAAAUAGCUUUAAAAGCUUAAAAGCCUAAUGUAGAAUUGCAAACACUUAUAGAAAGUGACAGAAAGAAACCUUCAUCAGACAAUAGCAGACAUCUGGAAAUAUUGAUCACUCUCUUGAUCACUCGUGGUCAUCAAUGGAUCGAACAUGACUCCAGUGUCACUUAGGGAGAUGUAUUUUUUUACCUAAAUGUAAAUGUUGCAACUGUAGGAGUGAAAAAGGCGAUAUUAAUAUCUUGUAUAUGGAAUUCAGAAACUUUCUGGAAAAGCAGUUAAAAUUAAGAUAUUUUGCAGGAUAUGGCAUACCUUUGAACCCAUUAACAAUGCUGCUGGGUUAUGUAAGGGCAUUGUUAAGAAAAGGGUUGGGGACAACUUCCUGGUUAGUGCUAGAAUUGAAAUAGGCAGGAGAUACCAACUGCAGAUGCUUCAGAUGAAGAUGGAACACAGACAGUAUGGAAUAAUCUUUUUAUGUUGAAACAAAUAUCUUGGACUCCACUGAAACAAGACAGCGGGUGGGUUCCCGAGGUGCCAGCAAAAUGGGACCUGUGUAUUAAACUGGCACUCACACUCCUAAUUUCCAGUCAUAGGAACCCAGAAAUUUUCAUCAAUAAUGUGCUGGUACCAUGCCAACCUGACAUUUAACAGAGAUCAACAAAGACGGGUUGGCAUCACCUUUCCCUCUAAGGUGUGUUUGCUCUCCCAUUUUUUGAUGUCCACUCACUUAAUUUUAGAUCCCGCUCAGAUUGAAUCAGGAAGGCCCCACUCUGAAUGCAUGUGUGCACACACUGCCUUGAUACUUCCACCCAGAACAAAACUCAUUCUGCACACAGAUGGGGGGAAAAAAUAGAACACUGGUUGGCAUGGUGCCAAACUGACAUCAACAACCAUUUGGGGGUUCUUGUGACCAGAAAUUGGGAUUGUGCAUUGGGAUCGUGGAAAUCUUCCAUUUCCUGUUUUGAUGGCAUCACAACAAAUUGUGAGAAUGUGCCCGGUAUAUUGACUGAAUCUGCUGUGAGCAUGAUCCCGCUUGGCACCUAUGACAGCAAGACUCCAAGUGAGAUGUGAACACAGUAAAGAAGUUAACCACAAGCUGGGAAUGAUUCUAUGUAAAGAAUCAUGUUGGACUUGGAGCAGGGAAGCCUGAGUUAACAUCCCUACUCAGCCAUGAAACUCACUGGGUGAUCUUAGGCCAUGAAGCUCAUUAGGUGACCUUGGGAGUUGGGUUGUUGACGGUGUGUGUGGAGAGAAACCAUGUACACUUUCUUGAGCUAGUUGCAGGGAGGAUAGAAUGCACAUAUGAUAAAUGCAUUAAAAAGUGAAAUAGGCUUGUCACUUAUUACAUUAUUUCAGAAUUGUUUAACGCUACUAUAUUUUUUAUGCAAUAUGAAAUAAUAUGGGUAUAUUAUAUUUUGUUAUGUUGGAAUUAUGUUGGUCCCAGGAUAUGAUCUGAACACAUGAGACCACUACUUUGCUCAUACUAAGCAGAGCUGGAUACAGCGAGUGCCUAGAUGGGACUAGCCACCUGGGACAUAUUUGCUGUCGGGAGUUUCCAUACUGGAAAGAGACGGCAUAUAAAUAUAAUCUUACCAAUAUCUUGGCUAUGCACGUGUAAUAUGUUAAUAGACUUACAGUGCAAUCAAACAUUACCUGGAAGUAAUUCCUACUGUGCCCAGUGGAAUUCCUUCACUAAGAAAUGGGUUUCUGACUGCAGCCUUAGAUUGUAAGCUCAGUGGGCAGGGCUUGUCUUUUUAUUGUUUCCAAGAGGGAAUAUGUGUUUUUCUUUUUAAAGCACUUCAGGAUAAGUAUUAGAAUAAUUCAUUCUAAAGGUUAAAAAAUUGAUACUAAUGGCUGCAAGAACCUGAAAACCUGUACAUUGCAGCUAAUGAAGACAUUCCAAGUAUAACAAAGACAAAAUCCAAAUAAACAAUCUGAGAACUCUUAA